CUAUCAAACGAUAGGCAUUUGCUACUACAAUACGAAUAAGAAUUGGUGAUUUACUUUAAUUGACAUGCGUUUUAAAAUGAAACUUAAUUCAAUAAAACGAUUACUGCCGCUAUAUUCUAGUAUACUACUUACUAUAUUUAUAAGUGUCGUGUCACCUGGUGCAAAUGAUUUACAUUUCCAUGAUGGUGUUUCUACAGCAGACAUUAUUUACGGAGACGUAUUUUUCGAAAUACUAGAUCCUCCGGAACUUAGAUAUUCAUAUCGAAUUAGACCGGCGAAAGAUUUUGGUACGCCUUUUAAUGAGAGUAUACAAUUUCAAGAUGCACGGUUGGUUCCAACGAAUCCACUGCAUAGUUGUGUCGACCUAACGAAUCAAGAUGACAUUGUCGGUCAAAUUGCGCUCUCAGAAAGAGGAGGAUGUUCCUUUGUCUUCAAAACAGCAAAAGCUCAGCAGGCUGGAGCUAGAGCUAUAAUAAUAACCGAGUCAGUAGACAAAUGGGAUGACUCACUGGACCAUCUAAUAGAGAUGGUAGAUGAUAAGAUGGACCAAGAUGUGAAUAUACCAGCUGCUUAUCUUCUGGGUCGAAGUGGAACCACUAUACUUCGCACAUUAAGAAAAUUAAAGAAGGACUAUGCAAUUGUCAAUUUGCCAAUAAAUUUGACUCAUGUGCCAAUUGGUAAGAUGAACCAGCCCCCAUGGAUUUCAUGGGUUUUAUAAAAAAAGAUGUAACUUGAUAUGCCGCCGAGGAGAGGUGGCGAUACAUGAAUUUGCUUCGAGUUUAUGUAGGUAUUGAAGCGUACAUUCAAUGACCUAUUAACAUGAGGAUCUCAAUGUAGACUAAAUGUCUUAUUAUAAUACGUUUUACAUUAAUCAUUUAUGGCUUUUGUAAUUUAAAUAUUAUUGUGAGGUAUUAAAGUUCAAA